UUGGGGCUCAAACCAAAACAGCCCCUUUGAGCAUGUGUAUACAAUGAAGAAACGUGCAGAAGACCAAGAGCCGAUAUUUGCACCCCAACAACAGCAGCCACGUCGCCCCCCAGUUCAGGGCAUUGCAGAAAGCUUUCAGCACCGGGCCCUUGCCCCUGCUCCAGCUGCAGUGGAGGCACCUGCAGAAAACAUGCAGCCUUCAACCGGCAUCCAGUAUUCCCUCCCACAGGGCUAUCAGGUGCCUGCGAUGCCUCAAAGCACAAGUGGACAUGGACACAACACUUCUACACCUCAUAUUAGUCCUCAUGCACACAGCCUGACAGUUCAGUCACAGACCCCUGCUGCUGUCCAAGGUCAUGUUCAUCCACCUGCACCUAUGGCUUCAACCCAAGGGCAGCAGUUUCAACGAUUAAAGGUUGAAGAUGCUCUCUCUUAUUUGGAUCAAGUGAAACUGCAGUUUGGGAAUCAGCCACAAGUUUAUAACGAUUUCCUUGAUAUUAUGAAGGAGUUUAAAUCACAAAGCAUAGACACUCCUGGAGUCAUCAAUCGUGUGUCACAGCUCUUUAAGGGCCACCCUGACCUCAUCAUGGGUUUCAACACUUUCUUGCCACCGGGGUAUAAGAUUGAAGUUCAAACCAACGAUCUAGUCAACGUUACCACACCAGGGCAGAUCCACUACAUCACCCCUCAUGGUGUUUCUGUACAUAACAUCCCUGCAAGUGGUGCAUCCAGCCAACCCCCCAUCAAUCACCAGCACCAAAGUCUGCCACAGACUGGACUGAGCACUACCAGUACCCCACCACUUGCUACUCAGCCUACUGUCAACAAAACCAGCAAGCCAAUUCAGUCUCCGGCCCAUACACCCACCAGCCAGCCCAAUCCAUCCAUCCCAGCUUAUGCCUCACCACGUUCACCUUCAGUUCAGCCCCACACUCCUGUCAACAGCACGCCAUCCAGUGGUCCACCUCUCCAGAACAACCAACCGGUGGAGUUUAACCACGCCAUAAAUUAUGUCAACAAGAUCAAGAAUCGCUUUCAGGGCCAGCCAGACAUUUACAAAGCCUUUCUGGAAAUCUUACACACUUACCAGAAGGAACAGCGGAAUGCUAAAGAGGCUGGUGGUAAUUACACCCCGGCACUGACUGAGCAGGAGGUCUACACUCAAGUGGCAAGACUUUUCAAAAACCAGGAGGACUUGCUCUCAGAGUUUGGACAGUUCCUGCCAGAUGCAAACAACUCAUUGCUUUUGGGUAAGGCUAUACCUGACAGAGCUGAGUCCGUCCGUAAUGAUCAUGGUCCCACUGUGAAGAGACCGUCCCUGAACAACAAACAGAGGCUGAAUCAGAAUGGCCUGCCAGUCAGGAGGCCUUCUGGAGUGGGUGCCACCCCUCCACCAAAGAAGAAAUCUUUAGUAAUGGGAAAAGGCCACGGUUUGACUGAAGCCAGUAAACUCAGCACAAGCACUGAAACUAUGUUCUUUGAGAAGGUGAAAAAGGCUCUGCGCAGCGCUGAAGCCUAUGACAACUUCCUGCGGUGUCUGCACAUCUUCAACCAGGAAGUGAUUUCUCGCACUGAGCUGGUCCAGUUAGUCAUCCCAUUUCUUGGAAAAUUCCCAGAGCUUUUUACGUGGUUUAAGAACUUCCUGGGGUACCGAGAGUCCAGUCAUGGAGACUCGAGCCAUGCAGAGAGUUUACCCAAGGAGCGCUCCACAGAGGGUAUUGCCAUGGAGAUCGACUAUGCCUCCUGCAAGAGGCUGGGGUCCAGCUACAGAGCACUGCCGAAGAGCUACCAGCAGCCCAAGUGCACAGGAAGAACACCGCUGUGCAGAGAGGUCUUGAAUGACACUUGGGUUUCAUUUCCAUCUUGGUCUGAGGACUCUACAUUUGUGAGCUCUAAAAAGACUCAGUAUGAGGAGCAUAUUUACAGAUGUGAGGAUGAGCGCUUUGAGCUUGAUAUUGUGUUGGAGACCAACCUUGCUACAAUACGAGCUCUGGAGACUGUGCAAAGGAGGCUUUCUCGCAUGUCUGCUGAGGAGCAGGUGCGCUUCAGGCUGGACAACACAAUCGGUGGCUCUUCGGAUGUCAUUCACCGUAAAGCCAUUCAGAGGAUAUAUGGAGACAAGGCUCCUGACAUUAUUGACGGGCUCAAGAGAAACCCUGCCGUGUCUGUGCCCAUAGUUCUGAAAAGAUUAAAAACAAAGGAUGAUGAGUGGAAAGAAGCACAGAGGGGCUUCAACAAAAUCUGGCAGGAACAGAAUGAAAAGUAUUACCUGAAGUCGCUCGACCACCAAGGCAUAAACUUCAAGCAGAAUGACACCAAAGUGUUGCGCUCCAAGACUUUGCUCAACGAAAUUGAGAUGUUGUAUGAAGAUCGCCAGGAACAAGCCUCGGAGGAAAAUGCCACUCCGCCACCAAGCGCCCCCCACAUGACCCUGACCUACGAUGACAGCCAGAUCUUGGAGGAUGCUGCUGGCCUCAUCAUCCAUCAUGUCAAAAGACAAGUCGGCAUCCAGAAGGAGGACAAGUUCAAGAUCAAACAGAUAAUCCACCAUUUCAUUCCUGACCUUCUGUUUGCACAACGCAGCGAGCUCUCUGACUUGGAGGAAGAGGAAGAAGAGGAGGAGGACGACGAAGACGUGGAGACAAAUCAGGACAGUCCCAAGAAGCACAAUGGUUUGCCGGGCCGCAGCCCCUCUAAGUCUAAGCUCCUGUUUAGCAGCACAGCUGCUCAGAAGCUGCGGGGCACGGACGAUGUCUAUAACUUGUUCUUCGUGAACAACUACUGGUACGUCUUCUUUCGUCUUCACUACAUCCUCUGUUCUCGUUUGCUGCGGAUUUAUGGGCAAGCAGAGAAGCAGAUCGAGGAGGACGCCCAUGAGCGAGAGUGGGAAAGCGAAAUGUUGGGGUUGAAAAAGGAGAAGAAUGAAAACCCAGCGAUCCAGUUAAAGAUGAAGGAGCCAAUGGAGGUUGAUGUAGACGAGUAUUAUUCUGUGUUUCUGGAAAUGGUGCGAAAUCUGUUGGAUGGAAACAUGGAGCCGGCUCAGUACGAGGACUCCCUGAGGGAAAUGUUUACGAUCCACGCCUACAUUGCCUUCACCUUGGACAAACUGAUCCAGAGCAUUGUCCGGCAGCUCCAGCACCUUGUUACAGAUGACGUCUGUGCACGUGUGACUGACAUGUACCUGAGUGAGAGUGCCAAUAAAGCCACAGGUGGCACAGUGUCAACGCAGACAUCCAGGGCUGCUGCCGAGGGGACCUACCAGCACAGAGCAGAGCAGCUCAUGUCAGACGAGAACUGCUUCAAGCUGAUGUUUAUGAAGAAUCGAGGGUCUGUCAGUCUGGCAUUGGAGCUGCUGGAUACAGAGGAAGAGAACUCCGAUGAGCCCGCUGACGCAGAAAAAUGGUCAGAUUAUGUGAGCAGGUACUCUACAUCCCCAGAGCUCCGUGAGCAUUUGGCCCAGAAACCAGUUUUCCUCCCCAGGAAUUUGAGGCGGAUAAGAAAGUGCCAGAGAGGGUGGGAGCAGCUGCAGCAGGAGAGGAUCACUAAAGGCUCCUCAGACAAGCCGCAGGACAGCAACAGUGAUCUGAAGAUGAAGUGCAUGUUCAAACUGAACUCCUACAAGAUGGUUUAUGUCUGCAAGUCCGAGGACUACAUGUACAGACACACGGCGCUGACCCGAGCUAACCAGUCCCACCAGCGGGUGCACACACGCCUCCACAAGCGCUUUCACACCUGGUUGGACAACUGGGCUAAGACUCACGUGACGAGCGAAAUGUCUGCCAACACUCAGAAAUGGCUGAGGGGAGAAGGACAAGAGGGACUGUUGUCGUGCACCACCACCUGCUGCCCUCAGGUCCUCCAUUAUCUCAACAUUACCAAGUACCGGGUGAAGUACAGGACACUGUAGUACUCUGUCAUCUGAGGCAGGAAGUACUGCCAGAGAGGAGACCUCCAACCUGUCAUUACUGGACACAGCUGCCAAAACA